AAAUUCCUGUGCAGAACAAUACAAAUAUUUAAUUUCUUGAAAUGAUUUUGCCUUGGGAAAUUGUAAAUCAUGCAGGCAAAUGAUUUAAAGGAGUUCUCCGGGAAUGACUUAAAAAAGCCACAAGUGACCAGUCCUAGAAUGUAAGCAAGACUGGUGGUCUCCACUUGCAGACCUGCCUGGGGGGUUGAGGGGGUGGGCCUCACUACACACUACCCUCUGGCUCUUGUAUAUACUACAUAUUGGUGAGCAUUCCUGUUGGGCUGCUCAGCCAUGAUGGCAUAUCAUAGGCAGGAUCACAUCAUUACCAUCUAUUGUAGAGCAGUGAGGUGAGGCUCCUUCCCCAUGCCCCCUUGCCAGCUCUGCAAGUGGUCAUAACCAGUUCUCCUUACAUUCAAGGACAGCUUGCUUGAGGCAAUUUUUGUUUCAUUCCUGGAGAACCACUUUAAGCAAAAAGCUCAUGCUCGCUGCUGUUACCUGUAGGGAUUGCAGUUGUAUGGUACCUCCAUGAUCGCAUUUCUAACUAAAAGGAAGUCUGCAGAAGUGUGCAGUGGAGCAAACCACAAUUUUUUUUCUCAUCUAUUCCCACGGAAUCCCCCAAAAUGUAUAAAAUCGCGGUUACAACAUGGAUCCAUAAUGCGGCCAUGCAGUUGAGCCCUUUUUAAAGCCCACAAGUUAAGCGCUCAUGGAAUCAUUAAAAAUCACCAUGUUAAAUACAGUUUUAUUAUGUCAAAUGCACCUGCAUGUGAUGUGUACCCUUCAGAUUUUUUAAGGUUUCUUUAACACACCUGCUAACAUUUUUAACAAAAAAAAGAAAAACAUAAGGGCACAACGCAGACUGAAAAUACCGACAAUAUAACAGUUAUCCUGAUGGGGGAACAAUUUAGCGCUAGUGUGAGGCUAGCCUUAGCUGAAAGUCUUUGGGAAUUAAGAAAUGCAAGACAAACAAGUAUUUAAAUUUUUUGCUAGUGACAGUUUUUUUAAAUUUGGGUCCAUUUUUACCGCACAUAUGCAGAAGCUGUGACAUUUUUUACAUGCAUUUUCUUACCUUUCUCCAUACACGCAAAACGUCUAGGAAAAAAUACAUUCAAAUAGGAAUUAACAUAAAAAUUGCUAAAAAAAAAAACUAAAAAUUGCAUGCAAACAACUAGCAGUAAAAAAAUUAUAAUAAUGUGUGUGAAGGAAGCCUAAAACUAGUUCAAAUAAUUGCCAGUAUGCACUAGUUAAAUAAUCCCUUUACUGCUCCUGUGUUUUCAGACAUUAAAUGCAUGUGUUAACAAGGUAGGUAAUAGGUGGCUACUGUACUACAGGAAGUGCAGAGAGAAUCUCAUGAAUGUGGCAUGAUCAGCUUGCAAGGACAACUGGAAAUGACAAGUACUGCUGCAGUUUCUGCACUGUCAAUGUGGCUGGAAGCAGCACCGAAGUCAGAAAACUCAAGAAUUCUAUUACAGAAGGAGACAGUCCUCCCAGCUGUACUGUGUGAUCCUGCAAUCAGCACCACAUACACUAGCAGCCCAAUGACAGAAGCAUUCCUGGCAUUAUAGUUCAAGAUCUCAGCUGCAGGCUCUUCCUACAGAUCCUAUUUAUGUCAGAUCUGGAUCUAAACUUAGAUGCAAGCAACAGAAAAGAACUUGGAGAGCCAGGAGACCCUCCACUUACUACUUUACACAGGAGCAGACAGGAUCCUCCCUAUCUAUACAAAGGCACUGGAGAGCCUGGAGCUACACACCUACAGAAGUCGUGAAGAAAACCCCUCCACCUACACAGAGUGAAGGCUAAUCCUAUCCACCCACACACAAACAGACCUGCAGCUAAGAGGGGGCUUCCACACAUCCUCAUCAAAGCCAUCCUUAGGAGAAAAGAUCACAACCUGCUCAACCAGGAGAGACCUAGAACUUCAUGGAAGUGUUUAUCAGCAACCAGAAAAUAAUCUAAAGCAGUGCAAGAUGAAUGAGACAUAGGAUACAUAGGCUUUCCUGAGAGACAUCCCCUGCAGUUGUUCAGCAGAUAUCAAAGAGGACUUUUCCAAAUCUCCAGUAAAGAAGGAUAAGCCACAUACAGAAUCCGAACUGUAGAGUGCUCUUGGUGCAUCUUCUAAGAUUGAGCAGUGCACCUUUGUUUUCUGAGGACCAUAAAACACCCACACGUUGGUUGGUCUAUUUAAGAACCUCCCUCAUCAUCUUGGGGGUAUUUGGAAGUUCUCUUUCUCCUGGAAUUGCCUGGUUCUUUAUAUACUGAGAGUGGGGAGCCCAGACUUGUAUAGUCAGAUGAUCAAUGUUUUUCUACAAAGCACCCUAAGCUGUGGACAAUUUGUCCAGAAAUGAACCUGGGAUUUCUCCUUACAUCCAGACAUCUCCUCUGGAUCCUUCUAGUCCCCCCACUGAUGGCUUUUGCAGAAUGUGACAAUGAAUUUUAUUCAAACCUUCUAAAUGAAUUUUGUCUACUACAAUUCCAAUUAAAGAUGGAAGACUUGGGGAUGAAGCUGUGGUGCGACUGGAAAGCAACAGAAGAGAUCUACACUGAAGUCACAAACUGUACCAGCCUGCUGGCCUACCAUCAGAACUGCUACUGGCCAAACCACAUAGUGGAUAGGUUCUUCACAGAUAUUCAUAAGAAGUAUUUCAAGAACUGUGCCCUGACUGGCCGGCUGCCAGCUGACCCUCCGCUGCCCAUCCUGUGCUCUUUCAUCUUUAUCCCUGUCCUUAUAACACUUCUUAUGACAGGACUGGUCGUAUGGAGGAGCAAACGCAGUGAAGGAAUUGUUUGACAAUGUGGACUGCUAAGUACAUAGACCCCAUGUCUGGAGAUAACCUUUCCAAGAGAAGGAAUCAGUGAUGGUAGUUCUCCAGUCUACGCUGGCCUUCAGACUGGGGCUGUUCUGGGCCUUGGAAGUGUCAGAGAAGGCCACUUCCUUCUAGGAUGCGUCUGUCUGACUAGAACCUAAUAUAGAAGAACUAUAACCAGGCAGAUAUUCAAGCUUAACUUAGUCUACAGUAGGCAUUAUCUGUAAAAUGUCAACCAGAGUAUGGGACCCCCAAUGAUCCUAAAAAUUGAAUAUCUACAGUCCUGACCAUGUACAGAGAAGUCGCCUCUCCAUUGAAAUGAAUAUACUAUUUUCUUCAAAAAAAUUCUACACGCUCCCCCCAUACACAUUACAGAAAAGUCUGCCAAAUCCACACUAAUUGUCUAAUGUGUGUGGGGGUCCCUCACAAAUGAUGUUUUUGGGGAAAAGUAUAAUUGGGCCAAUGAAUUUCAGUAUGCCCAAUCCUUUUGUUCUAACGGGAGAUAAGCCACCGCAUGGGGUAUCUGUAAGGGUGUGAGCGACUUUCUCCCCUCUUCCCAUUGAACACGUGUAUGGGAGAGUCGAGAAGAAAAGGUGUCCGGCAUUAGAGUGUUUGGAUGAUAGCCAUCUAAAGUAAAUACGCACCUUAAGCAAUAGCAUUUGGGAAUUACUUUACCUCAUUUAUCUCAGUCGGGACCGGGUAUGCUCACUUUUCCAUUGAUGAUCAGCACUGAAAUAACAGAUGUAUAUGAGGCAGAAUCACUGAUGCUCACACUCAACAGAUCUGUAGCAUACCUAUGUGAAGAAUAUAAGAAUAAAGUAAUCAAUGUUCUCUGCAGCCUUAAAGAGGUUCUCUAGAAUUUACUUAUUGAUGACCUAUUCUACAGAUAGGUCAUCAAUAUGAGAUCAGCGGGGGUCCAACUCCCAGGACCCCAUCCGAUCAGUGGUUUGAGGAGGCCACAGUGCAGUACCUUGUAUAGUGCUGUGCUUGGUAUUGCACCUCAGCCCCUUUCACUUGAGUGUCCUGUGUGUCGGACCCCCGCCGAUCUCAUACUGAUGACCUACAUGUAUAGGAUGAGGAUAUGCCAUGUCAAUUCUGGAGAACCCCUUUAAAAGGGCUUUCCACAGUUUUAACAUUGAUGGCCUACCAUCAGGUUUUUCAGUGUAGCUCCAGCGAUGCUGUAUAGUUGCACCACUGGAGUUACUCAGAAACAGCUGAUUGGCGAGGGUGUGGGGUAUCAGACCUCCACCGAUCAGAUAUUGAUGGCCUAUCGUGGGGAUAGGUCAUUAAUAUCAAAAUCUAAGAAAACUAAUUUAAAUACUGUACUAAUGUUCAUUAUUAGUAAGAAAUAUUCUGUGUACGGUAUAAGGCCUCUUUCACACGGGCGUCGCGUUUGAGGGCCGAAUAGGAUGCGGGUGUGUUGUGGAAAAAUGCGCGAUUUUUCCAUGUGAGUGCAAAGCGUUUUAAUGCGUUUUGCACGCGCGUGCGAAAAAUCGGCAUGUUUGGUACCCAGACCCAAACCCGAAGUUCAG